AUGAGUCGAGCAAGUAAGAUCACUCUAGGUUUGUCGUGUUUGGCAACUGCAGUGACGGUUGUCGGAGUGCAUUAUGUGCAAGAACUGGAGAGAGACACUCUGCAUCAAGGUCCCAUUAAGGACGCGAAGCGAAUGGCAGAGAGAAAGGCUGCUUUAGACCCAGAGAAGCAGAGGAAACAAAUGUUUAACAAGAGCGAGCACGAAAUGCAGCAAGAACUGCGCAAAAAAUACGAGUCAAUGCAACCGUUGUCGGGCGAGAUUUUGACCACUAACGGCAAUGAGGUAAAGUAA